CAUAGAGGAAGGACCCAGCUAGCCCGCAGUCAACUUUACUGAUGACAGCCCGUGGAGCCGACUUCCGCGGGGAUCUGACCAGGAAGCUUAAAUGACAGCACCCGACAAUACCUGAAACGAACGGGACUCGGUUAAAGUCCGUGUGACAGCACAGGUGGCUAUGGGUCUCUGCAAGUGCCCGAAGAGGAAGGUCACCAAUUUAUUCUGCUUUGAACAUCGUGUAAAUGUUUGCGAGCAUUGCCUCGUCUCCAACCACAACAAGUGUAUUGUGCAGUCAUAUCUGCAGUGGCUUCAGGACAGUGAUUACAACCCCAACUGUGCUCUGUGUAAUAAUCCCCUGACUGCUCAAGACACUGUCAGACUGGUCUGCUAUGAUGUGUUCCACUGGUCCUGUCUUAAUAACUUGGCAUCUCGGCUGCCCCUCCAUACGGCUCCAGCCGGAUACCAGUGCCCCACCUGUCAGGGUCCAGUGUUUCCCCCUUCCAACUUGGCCAGCCCAAUUGCCGACGUGCUGAAAGAACAGCUGUCAUCCGUUAACUGGGCUAGAGCUGGUUUAGGGCUGCCGCUGAUUGAAGAGCCCGUUGGGGUUCUUGAGGAGACCACAACUAAUGAUGUCACCGAUUAUACUGACUGGUCUACAUUUGAUGCACAAGAACAAAGUAACAUUUACCCCAGCCACUCUUACAACACCAGCCUCAGCCCACCAUCAAACUCAGUCUCACCUGCAGCACAGGAAGACUUUGGAGGCCCUCAUAAAAAUGGGGAUCCAAAUAUGCAGGAUCACUCUGUGAUCAACUUUACUACUGCCAAUGACACAAUUACAAUACACACAGCAUCAUCCCCAAGAAAGCUCUAUGACACACGGGAAAUUGGUCACAGCUCUGUCACGCAGAUUGACUUUGAUGACGACAAGUACCGGCGACGACCAGCAUUAAGUUGGUUUGCUCAAAUUCUCAAGAACCGCACAGGCGGAAAGCGGACGUCUCUGUCCUGGAAACAGCGGGUCUUCAUGCUUCUUCUGGUCGGAGUUCUUGGAUUCUUUACGCUAAUUAUCAUCAUGGCCAAACUUGGACGUGCCUCGGCGGGCUCAGACCCAAAUUUAGAUCCUCUACUUAACCCCAACAUUCGUGUGGGGAAAAACUGAUUACACAUAUCGAUUCCCUCUUUUCCUUCUGUGUUACACAACUUAAGCCUGCGUAGAACGAGCUGAAAAGGGACUUUCCCAUACAUGGUAAGCCAAAUAGAGAGAACUGUUUACCCAACUUGAAUGGAAAGAGAUGCUGCACCUCUUUUAGAAUGGAGGCAGUCCCUGGCUCCUUUCAUUUACAUCAGGCAUUAGAGACACGCCAUGGCCCUUCACAGAUGAUGAAAAUAUCUCACAACAUUUAAGAGGUUUCCUCUGAUCCCAGUUGACCAAUCUGCAAACUCCAAUGGUGAUCCAUGGCCUGGCGCAUCUAGACAAAGGAUCCAAUAAUUGUUUCUCUGAAUAGUUAUUGAUAAAGAGGAGUAGUAUUUAUAUUUUCAAUUCCAGCUAACAUUUGUCAGUGAUACUUUUAGGUUAAUUUUUUUAUAUUUAGUAGAAAGUAAAUAAACACUGUUGAUGUUGAAAGAACAUCUUUUGUUGGUAGAAAUGUCAGAAUGUAUAUAAUCAGCAAUGAAACGUUCAGUAAGGUUUACAUGGUUGUAAACUGAUUCCAAGCUGGUUUGAAUUGAAUGGCCUUGUGCAUUUCUCCUUUUAGAGAAGAGGUGGCCCUCAGAACUGGAAUCAAAUACCCCCAACUCAUGAUUAAUACAUAACUAUUUAUGGGUGUCUGCAUUAUAUAUGAAAAUUGAGUGCAUUGCUUUUAGAUUUGCCAUGCAUACUCUAUGUAUAUUUCACUGAUGUUUUUUGACUGUCUAUUAAAUGGGAAUACUACAGAAUUUCGGUAUUUUAAUAUUUUUUUAAAGUCCAUGAAUUCUGACCAUCAUCUAAUGCUGUGCAUAGGCAAAAUCACGAAGGAUUCCUGAAAUGUCAGUUGUAUUACACACAGGGUCAAUGAGAAUGUUAUAACACAUAAAAAUCACUAUUACUAUCACUAUUUCAUAUUUGAGUUCAGUAGCUCAAACAGAUUUGUUAUUCCAUUGACCAGUUCCUAUAAAGCAGCUGCUGGUUGUAAGCAGCAUAUGAAUGCGAUCGCAGUAAAUUGUUGCACUCCGUGUCAAAGCAACAUUUGCACUAAAGUGACAGUAUGAAUCAUUUUUCAAAAUACACAAAGAGAACUAGAUGAGUAACAUCAAGUAACUACUCAUUUACUCUCUCUUAUAGUAUUUAACUGUGGCAAGACACUAUGUAUGUUUCUGUUUUCCAUAAUAAAAAAAAAGUUACUUUUUUAAGAUAAUGCAGUUUGUGCUUUAUUUCAACUGGUGCCAGGUAAAAGUAAAGGUUUCACCCUGCUGCAUUAAGCUCAGACCAUCUUUGAAUAACUACAGUGCUGUUCUGUAAAUGCAAACUAAUAUAGAGUCACAAGUUCUGUGUGUGUACAGCAUGCGACUGAUAGUUGUCCCAAUCUCUGUGUAAACGUCAUGAAUAAGAAAUACAUGCAUCAUCAUCAUGGGACGGUAUAAGUUUUAU